UAAAACACUCUCUCUCCCCCUCCCUCUCUCUCUCUCUCUCUCUCUCUCUCUCUCUCUCUCUCUCUCUCGUUCCUCUUCACUCCGAUUUCCACCUCGCACGUUUCAUCUUCCGAUGUGCAGGUGAUCGUAGUUUAAGAUAUUCGAUUCUGUAAAGUUGAUCAAGAAUAUGCCUGGAAUGAAGAAGAAAAGUAAGCAUGAAGGUUUUGGGGACAUAUUCGAUAAAUUGCUGGAAAAUAUUCCAGCUCCUGUUGACUUUGAGCUUCCAGAUUGGCUAAAGAAGUCAAAGCCUAUGCACUUCAGCUACAUAAGACGCAAUAUAUAUCGCACGAAAAAAAUUAAAAAACGCCAGGAGGACGACGGCAUAUUCUGUUCCUGCAAUACAGCAGUUGGGUCGUUGGGUGUGUGUGGUAGAGACUGUCAUUGUGGGAUGCUACUUUCUAGCUGCUCUUCAGGAUGUAAGUGUGGGAGUGCAUGCAUUAAUAAACCAUUUCACGAAAGACCUGUGAAGAAGAUGAAAAUUGUGCAGACAGAAAAGUGUGGAUCAGGAAUCGAAGCUGAUGAAGAUAUUAAACAUGGAGAGUUUAUUAUAGAGUACGUGGGAGAAGUUAUAGAUGACAAAACAUGCGAGGAAAGGCUUUGGAAAAUGAAAGACCGUGGUGAAUCAAAUUUCUACUUGUGUGAAAUUAAUCGAGAUAUGGUGAUUGAUGCUACCUACAAGGGAAAUAAGUCGAGAUACAUAAAUCAUAGUUGCUCUCCAAAUACUGAAAUGCAGAAAUGGAUGAUUGACGGUGAAACAAGGAUUGGUAUUUUUGCAACUCGAGACAUUAAGAAGGGCGAGCAUCUGACAUAUGAUUAUCAGUUUGUUCAAUUUGGUGCAGAUCAAGAUUGUCACUGCAAGGCUGCUGGCUGCAGGCAAAAGCUAGGGGUUAAAGCUAACAAGCCAAAGAUUCCUUCCUCUGAUGCUACAUUAAAAGUUGUUGCUAGUCAGGUGUACCAGAAUGGUGUCUCGCAUGCAGGUUUGAGGUGUAGCGAUAACCAGAAAAGGUGCAGCCAUAAUUGCAUUGGUGAAAUUGUUAAGAUUACCCGUGGAGUGGAUACCUGGACAUUCGGCGUUGUGAAGCGAUUCGAUAGCAUUACCCGAAAACAUAUGAUAAUGUAUGAAGACGGCACUACUGAAUAUCUUGAUAUGUCGAAAGAAGAUUGGGAAAUAUGCAACUUUUAGAAUAUCAAAGCAACAUGGAUAACAGAUUACUGAUCAUGUGCGAGUGCGACGACAGACUACUGGUCAAAUUUGUAGGCCUAAAUGGGAAAUAGAGAAACUAAAUAGCAUAUCUAUUUUUUGAAGUGGUCAGUUAACCUUCUGAUCUUUGAAGGCCGCUUCAUUGAGCUUGCUGUACAAGAGAAUACCAAGUCCCAAGCUCUCUUGAUUCUUGAAUAUUCUUCCCAAGUUCUAGUUUGGAUAAUUCCCUGUAUUAGCAUUUAGCAUACAAAUAGAAGAAUAUUUCCUGCAAAUUAUUGGUGCUUAGCCAAGUUAAAUAAUUCGAAGAUCACAAUAUGACAUAGAGCAUAUAUCUGUGCUAGUUAAUGUGGUAUUUGACUUGUGCUGAGCCAAGUUCAGUGAAUUCUAUGAGCACAAUAUCCAUGUAACUUGAUGCUUGCUAAUAAUUGUUGUUGGAUUGUCAUAGUUAA